AUGGAUUUCUCCAUGAUCACUCCAAGGACUUGUGUUUUGAAGGUUAACUUCCAUUGCCCUGCAUGCGAAAAGAAGGUCUAUAAAGCCCUGCAGAAGAUCAACGGUAAUAAACAUAUGAAUUUAUACACGUGUGAACAGCUUGGUGUGAGGACUAUCGAAAUAGAUGGUCGGAAUGGAAAAGUGACAGUAUCGGGUUCAGCAGACCCGUACACGCUGCAGAAGGCCCUGUCGAAAAUAGGGAAAAGGGCGGAGAUCCUGUGGGACAGCAGCAAAGCUUCCGUGAACCAGCACACGGCCAAUCAAAACCGCUCGAUAUCCGUAAGUCAAACCCAAGAAAUUGACCACAGGCAACUGGAACAGUUGUCCAACAUCAAAAGGUUGAAGCAGGUUGAGUUGACCAAGACCAUCAAAUUCACCUUUAACGACGAUGACGAUGGUUCAUGUCAAGAUCUAGACACUUGCACCUCCCAGUUUUACGCCGACGAUCAUUUCAACGGGCGACAGGCGGUGCCGGCGCACCACCGCCUUGGCGGAGGAUCUGGCAGCGGAACUGCUCAUGGUUGUUGUUGCCACACCAACCACAACAACCACCGCGCCAUGAACAACAGUAACUAUUAUCAUCACGGUGGCAAUGGCGGUUGUGGGUCGUCCACUCGUGCACUGCCGCCAGCUGAUGGAUGUGAUCACUGGAGAUCCGGUUACGGUCCCUCCGCUCCGCCGGCAUUGCCACCACCGCGGCGAAUGCCUCCACCGCCGCAGCAGUAUAGCCACUACGGCCCCAACUAUUUCAGUGAUGAGAACCCUAACGGAUGCAGGUUGAUUUGA